CUGGAAGAAGUAGAUUGCAACUACGCUUGGUGCUAUGAACUGAGGGGGAAAUACAGACAUGGAAAAAUAGAAAUACAAUGCAAUGAAACCACAUCGGUGCACAGACGUACAGUACUCGUUAUGGAGCAGCGUAUUGGGGAGCCUUGUGUUUCUGAAGCGGCGAGAGGGCCGAAGUAAGGAUGUCUCAUAAUAUUAGCUAGUCAGCUAAUGUUCAGCAUCCUGUACGAUGGAACUGUAUGAGGAAAGUCCGAAGCUGAAGCAGGGAGAAGAAAUCAAAUUGGAAUAAAAACGAAAAAACGGACCGAUUAGCGAUUCUUUUUUAGCCUUUAGAUUUUUUAUCGGUUGUAGCCGAGGCUACUUGUGCUUAUUUUCACAUUUGUGCUGUCUUUUUUGCCCGUGUAGCCUAUUUCACCGGCUUACGAGUUUCGGGAAAGUGUAAGACUGCAUGCAGAACAGAGUGAAUGGUUUAUUCAGUAUCCGACCCAAAAUGUAACGUCGCCUCAGGAGUGCUGUUACCGGUAAUUAUAUGUGAUUGACGGUGGGUUAACGAGCUUCUAAAAUGUGCAAAGUGAUUUAUACCGCAUAACGCAAUUCCCAUGCAGUAAUUUAAGUAUAGCCAAAACAAACAAAGACGCUAUUCGUAUUUUAAUGAUGGACAAUGGCAGAUAAAAUACUAUGCGCGAGCUAUGCGUUUUAAAACGGAUUGCCAAAAACUCUUGAGAGCGCUGAUAGGCCAUUUUGACAUACGGAAACAAAAGUGUAUAUUAUACAUCAAAAAGGGUGAAUGUGGCAUACAACGUGCAUUACUUGUGGGGUUUAUUUAUAAUACGCGGGUAUUAAAUAGCGCAUUUCACGCGCCAGUUCGUUGCCGCAGCCAGUGUAUAGCCUACAGUAGUCACUGUGCUUUAGAGUUGACACACACAGGUAUUUACCAACCCCUACGAGUUGGACUCGUGAAGUGGAUAAAACUGAAAUGAAGUCGUGCGUUUAGAGAUGGAGAACAGAGAGGUAUCACCUGCCAUCUACACGCCAUCCGGUCUUUAUUUGUGCCCCGGGACGAAGUGUCUAUUUUUAUCUGGGCUGUUCAUGAAGUGUCCUCUAUGGUUGUCUCAGUCGGCACUAUUUUAUGAUCAUAAACAGUAGCCAAUGUUUCCUUUUUGCGUUUGAUUGUGUUGUCACUCUUAGCGUUAUUGCAGCGGAUGGUCCUCAGGGGCAUAGUGUAAUAGAACAAGAACUCCCAAAAAUGAUCGCUUCAGUACUAAUGCUAAGAAAUGAGACCGUAAUUUGAAUUAGAUUCUCAGAUAAUCCUCUGCGGCAGAUGUACAGUGGUGCAAAAGCCGAAAGGUGAGCUUCUAAGCCCUUGGGCCAUAACGCAAGCGUAGCAGAAUUUCUGGCAACGGAACUUCGCAGUUAUUUCAGACUGAAAAUGCAUGUGAUUGAGGCGGUAUAUGGAGAUAAAGUUGAAUGCGGUCUGCCAAUAAAUAUAAAAACUCCCAAAGUUUGGAAAACAUUUUUACAUUUCUGAAAACAUGUAGAUUUAGGAAUGUUUUGUUUUUACCAUUGAUAAGAGGCCAUUUUUUAUUAAUUGCCUGUCUCCUGUCAUAAACUAUCGAUUUUGUGAAUAGUGAGUAAUGGCAGGUUUUUUUUCUAUCCGGCCCUUUUAAUUAAUUCAUUUUUACGUAGGCCUAGUCAUAGCAGUAACCCAACAACUGUACACUGUCCUGUCUGGUAAUCAUAGUUACUGUAAGUUCACUCUGUAAGGUCCAGGCAGCAUGUACAGCUAUAUGGAACUUCUUGCGCCCUGCUGCCAUUAUAUACUCUGCUAACUCUGAUGAGAAAUGAGUACUAAAGUGAAGGCUGACUCAGGAGGACAGGGUGUACUUCCUCUGGGAUUGAAGACGCGAGGAGAAGGUGGAAGAUUGAUAUUCUCCUUGAAAGCUCACUAAAGGCACCUCCGCAUCACCCGAUUGGAAGCUCUGCUUUGGUUGUACAUUUGUGGGUAGUAGGACAUCCACCACGGUGGAGGCGGAGAUCACACUCCCACACUCAACAGAACUUUUUAUACGUAAGCAAAGAAGAUUAUCCAAUGGGGCUUCAGACUUACAAGCAAGUCUAAUGAUGCACACUGGGAACUUUAAUGAACUUUUUAGGCACCAUAACAGACGGAGAACAAGCAAACAAAGGAAGUGUAUAUUUAAUCCCUGGCCACUAUGGACUGUAACAAGAUUGGACCCAUGGACUAGGAUUUGACGGUCCGUAAUCCUGCCUGGACCCUAUUGCCCUGAGCCUGUCGGUCUAAAGUCUAACACAACAGAACCGCAUUCUGUUCUGUUUAACCCCUCAAACUGUAGGUGUCUGUUCUUGUGUAUUGGGGAUUGGAGAGGCUUAAAUUGUGUGGAUUGGAGCAGAGGAAAGCUACACUUUUGACCUUUCAUAGUGCAAACUUGAUGUUGCAGUUGGCCUCAUUGUGGGUAGUUCCCCAAAUUCGAGGUGAUUGUUUGAUAUCUUCCUGUCAUGGGUAAGCAGUUUAUCUCUGGGGUUCCCUGGAAGGCAGCAACACUGAAAUGACUGGAGUGAACUCUUGACAUUGGCUAAUGUGGAGUUCUGUUACUGAGCUGUCCUGCUUCACAGUAGAAGGUAUUAAAGGAUAAAUGUGGCUUUUUCCCCCUUCAAGGUGGGAGAUUUGGCUUCCGCUGUCCUGAUACUUUUUCUUUUUUCUUUUUCAAAGAAUGUAAACACGUGCAAAACUUUUCCUUGUUUUGUGAGAUGCCCAUCCUGACCGUGAACUUUGUGUGUUUAGACAACAUUUGCUUCAAUUUUUUUUCCUUUGAUUCAUUUGUUAUUGGAAUUUCUGGUGGCAGUUAUUCACCGGGCACCGAAAGGAAAUGCAGCAUUCUUGGAACCAGGUCUGUCUGAGCCUUUGCAUGGCUGAGGAUACAUGAACAGGGUUGCUUCUCUGUCAGCCGGGAUCUCUUGCUCUCAAGACCUUCUGCAUGUGUGAGGCUGCUGUCAGGAGUGCAUUAGUAGUGCUUUCCCCAGAGAGACAGAGGCUCGAAGCAGGCUUCACCCACAGCCCGCUCUGAAGCCCCGCGACCCAGGGGCGAUGGGGAGCUCAGCGUCCUCUCUCACCGCCGAGACCGAGUCGGAUCACGGGUUCCGCAGCACCCCCUAUCCGUCGUCGCCCCCUAUGGGCUGGCUCAGGAACAGCCACAGCAGCCCGGUGUGGGGGACCACCUUCAUCUCCCGUCAGCAGCAGGCUCCUAUCCCUCACCGCGAGCGCAGUCACUCUCACUCCCCAGGCUCCAUGGCGGGGGCGGGGGCUGGGGCCGGGGAGUGGUCGUGCGGCCGCUGCACCUUCCUGAACGCGGGCGGCUCGCCGCGCUGCUCCAUCUGCGAGGCCCCGCGGCAGAAGCCCGACCUCAACCACAUCCUGCGGCUGAGCAGCACCGAGGAGCGCGGCUGGGCCUGCCCCCGCUGCACCGUCAGCAACCCGCAGGGGGCGCCCGCCUGCCCCGUCUGCGGCUUCGGCCCCUCCGCCAACGGGCUGCCCCCGCCGCCUCCGCCGCCCGAGCCCCCCAUCCCCCCCGCGCCCCCCGUCCCCUCGCCCGCCUCCCUGGCCAUCCUCCUGGAGCCCCGCGGCCAGCUGCCGCCUCCUCCACCUCCCCCUCUGAGGGAGGACCCGCGGAGGCCCGAGAGCAACGGUGAGUCCUGCGCCCAGGACCCGCGCUCCGGCUGGGCCUGUCCCCGCUGCACCCUCCACAACACCCCCGUGGCCCUGUCCUGCUCGGCCUGCGGGGGCCCCCGUAAGCUCUCGCUGCCCAAAAUCCCCCCCGAGGCCCUGGUGGUGCCGGAGGUGCGCACGCCCGUGGCGGGUUUCCCCGUCCACCCCGCCCCGCUCCUGAUCGACCUGACGGAGGAUUCGCCGCCUCCCCCUUCGGACCCGCCCGAGCCUCCCCGCGCCCCCUCCCAGCCCCCGGUCUCCUCGUUCGGGCCCCUCUCCUCCCUGCAGAACAACCCCGUGCCCCGCAGCCGGAGGGAGGUGCCCCCGCCCGGACGCCCGCCCAACCCGGCCCCCAGCCCCACUUCCCCCUCCGCGAGCGUCCCCUCCUGCCCCCUGCGGGCGCCCAAACCCAAACACCCGCACCCCCAGCCCCAGCCUCAGGAGCCCUUCCCCAACAAGCGGCUGAGCGUCCUAGAGGAGGAGGAGCCCCCCCGCCCGCUCCCGCUGACCCCGCCGCCCUCCUGGAAGUGCCCCGGCUGCUCCCUGGGCGGGGCUUCCAAAUGCGAGUCGUGCCGCUCUUCCCGCGGCGACCUCAUCGACCUGGUGGGCGAGUCGGUGCGCUUCACCCCGGCCAGCCCCUCCAGCCCGGACUUCAGCACCUGGUCCUGCUCCAAGUGCACCCUGCGCAACCCCACGGGGGCCCCCAAGUGCAGCGCCUGCGGCUCCUCCAAGCUCCACGGCUUCCAGGAGCAGCAGCCUCCCCGCUGCCCCCAGUGUGGCCUCCCCGCCUGCUCCUGCUCCUCCUCCUCCUCGGGCUUCGCCGUCAAGGAGCGGGCGCGCAAGCAGGCGCGCCUCUUCCCCUCGCCCGGCCCCUGCGGCCAGGCCCCGGGGCCCCUGGAGAAGGUGGCCCAGUGGGUGUGCCCGGCCUGCACCCUCCUCAACGACCUGAAGGCCAAGCACUGCGCCGCCUGCCACACGCCCCAGCAGUACCUGGCCCUGCGCAAGGUGGCCAAGCCGCUGAAGAGGAGGGAGAGCAUGCACGUGGAGGCCCGGAGACGCAACGACGAGGGCGAGGCCAAGGAGCUCUGGGAGAACAUCGUCAGCUUCUGCAGGGAGAACACGGUGAACUUUGUGGACGACAGCUUCCCGCCCGGGCCGCGGUCCGUGGGCUUCCCGGAGGGAGACAGUGUGCAGCAGCGCGUCAAGAAGUGGCUCCGGCCCCACGAGAUCAACUGCAACAACUUCAAGGACCGCGGCGUGAAGUGGUCCGUCUUCCGCACCCCCCGGCCCUCCGACAUCCUACAGGGCCUGCUGGGAAACUGCUGGUUCCUGAGCGCCCUGGCGGUGUUGGCGGAGCGGCCGGAGCUGGUGGAGAGGGUGAUGAUCACGCGGGUGCUCUGCCAGGAGGGGGCGUACCAGGUGCGGCUCUGUAAGGACGGGACCUGGAUCACUGUGCUGGUGGACGACAUGCUGCCCUGCGACGAGUACGGGUACCUGCUCUUCUCCCAGGCGCAGAGGAAGCAGCUGUGGGUGGCGCUGAUAGAGAAGGCCCUGGCCAAGCUGCACGGCUCCUACUUCGCCCUGCAGGCGGGCCGAGCCAUCGAGGGCCUGGCCACCCUCACCGGCGCCCCCUGCGACUCCCUCAUGCUGCAGGUCAGCUCCACCAACCCCCGCGAGGAGCCCAUCGACACUGACCUCAUCUGGGCCAAGAUGCUCAGCUCCAAGGAGGCCGGGUUUUUGAUGGGGGCGUCCUGUGGCGGAGGCAACAUGAAGGUAGAUGACAUGAUGUACGAGUCACUGGGUCUGCGGCCCCGACACGCUUACUCCAUUUUGGAUGUUCGAGAUGUUCAGGGGUACAGGCUGCUCAGGCUGCGGAACCCCUGGGGCCGCUUCUCCUGGAACGGCAGCUGGUCGGACGAGUGGCCUGACUGGCCCCAGCACCUGCGGCAUGAGCUGACGGCCCACGGCAGCAGCGAGGGGGUCUUCUGGAUGGAGUACGGCGACUUCAUCAAGUACUUUGACUCGGUGGACAUCUGUAAGAUCCACUCGGACUGGCAGGAGGUGCGAGUGCAGAGCAGCUUCCCCAGCCGGGCCAGCGGUCCGGUGACGGUGACGGCGCUGACGGUGCUGGAGAGGACGGCGCUGGAGUUCGCCCUGUUCCAGGAGGGAGGCAGGCGCUCGGACACGGUGGACAGCCACCUGCUGGACCUGUGCAUCAUGGUGUUCCGCGCGUCGCUGGGCAGCGGGAACAAGCUGACGCUGGGCCGGCUGCUGUCCCACAGCAAGCGCGCGGUGAAGAAGUUUGUGGGCUGCGACGUCAUGCUGGAGCCGGGGGAGUACGCUGUGGUGUGCUGCGCCUUCAACCACUGGAGCAUGAGCACCACCGCGGGGGCCCUCACUCCUGUGUCCAGUCCCACCAGCAGUGGGCGCCCCUGCCCAGAUAUCCCCGGGUACAUUCUGGCGAUCUACAGCUCCCGGCAGGUGAUGGUGGAGCAGGUGGAGGCCAUGGCGACCACUUUGGCAGACGCCAUUAUCCUACUGACUGAGAACAAGGGUGAAAGGCACGAGGGCAGAGAGGGCAUGACAUGUUACUACCUGACCCACGGGUGGGCAGGGCUCAUCGUCGUGGUGGAAAACCGGCACCCCAAGUACUACCUCCACGUAUCGUGUGACUGCACGGACAGCUUCAACGUCGUGUCCACGCGGGGAAGCUUGAAGACCAUCGACAGCGUCCCGCCCUUGCACAGGCAGGUGCUGGUGGUCCUGUCUCAGCUGGAGGGGAACGCCGGUUUCUCCAUCACGCACAGACUGGCACACCGCAAGGCGGCGCAGGCCUCUCUGGGGGACUGGACGCCCACCAAGGCCACCCACAGCCCCCAGCUCACGCCCGACAUCGACGGUCUGCACCGGCCCCGGCCGCUAUGACCACGGCCCUGCCCCCCUCUGCCGGAGGAAGAGCCCCGACGCCGCCCGAGGGAGGGGAGCCCCACCCUUCAGGGACCACGCAGAGCCGGGGGGAGGAAGCCGCUCCGCCGCUCCUCCUCCAUUUUAUUUUUCCAAUAUAGAGGACAACUUUCGCCCUGCCAAGUUUGGUUCCUAUUGCACUCGCGCUGGUUCUGACCUACCGCGUACGCGUCAGAGGCCUGAGCCUCUGUGAAGAGAACCGGACUGGACUGCACUGCACUGGACCGGGCUUGUGGGCCCAAACCCAUGAGGUGGAACUGAGACUGAGACGGGGGGACACCGGUAGCAGCGUCCCUCCAGCAGGGGGAGUAGGAGGGCCCUCUUCACGGUCUGCCCCACUGCAAGGUCUGUGCGGGUGGUGCUUAAACUACUGAGUCAGGCCCAUCUGUCCCACUGAGCCAAUCCCCGUAGAGCUGGGGCACACAGCCCUCAGCCCUGUGGAGGGGGACUCCAGCCCGCUGCAGAGCCCGAACACGCUGGUUACGCUGGUCAUCGGGCAAGAAGACCCGUCCCCAGCCUUCCCCCCUCCUCUCGCCCCCACCUCUCAGGCUUUGAGGCACGAGAGCCAAAGCGCUGUGAAUACGGACUGUUGUAACGUUUUUCCAUCGAGUUUGUCAUGGCCGUCGUCUCCCUUCUCCCCGUUUUUAUUUGUGUCUGUUGGUGUGUUUGUGUUUGUGAAAUCAUGAGGUACUCCGAGGUUCAGUAAGGAACCCUUUCCCUCAGGUUUACCAGCGCCCCGCCCCGCCAUGCCUGUGUCACGUCACCCUGCUGUAACCCCGCCUCGCUGCAGCCCCCCCCCGACGGGCCAACUGAAACGAGUCCCGACAUUGCGGGUACAUUUGAAGCGUGGGGAAGGUCGCACUUGAAUGUUUUUCGGUACGAUAAUUCGGUACGGCGGUAGGGAGAGAACAGGCCGCCCGCUUGGUUUCGCCGCAGACGGCUGAGUGACAGCCGAUGUUCUGAGAAGCCCCUUUUCCCGCCUCUGCGCUCCUUACCUGCUGCUGGGUCUGACAGCCGUCGUCACGGCGACAGGAGCAGCCUUCCCGCACGGCCAUUUCUCGAUCGCUGCUCGAUGAUUGCGAGUCAGGGCUUCAAAUUUAGGCUGUCAGAUGAGCGCUGAAAGCUAAGUAGGGGGAGAAAAAGAAGACGUGCUCUGUGAAAAUCCUGACACCUCCUCCUGGAAGCAGUGGGAAUCUCUCAGCUCAAGUCUUUUAAUUUAAUGCGCCCUUACAGUACGAGGGCCUCCUUUCGAAGGCUCUUGAGGGGAAUGCGUUUCCGUGACGCGAAUGCGCCCCUUCCCCUCCCCUCCCUUGACAAUAUUGUGUUUAAAAAUAAGUCUUGCGAUUUUAUUUGUGGUUUUAGUGAGCUCACCGGAAACAAAAAAGAUGUCCACACACUGAAUUUUUGCUCCUACAGGUUUAUUGCUGCAAUGUUUGGACCGGCCUCAGUGUUGGGCGACAUGUCACGUCGAAACAUUUCAAUAAACCCGUGGGAGCAACUAUUCAGUGUACAGACAUCUUUUUUAUUUCCUCUGAUAGUUGCAUAUCUUGUCCUGCACCUGUACCCUACUGGGGUUGGAUGUGCACAACAGCCUUUUUUCCUUGUUCUGUCUGCUCCUUCAAACGAAACCCAUAGCAACGAGGCAGUAAGUAAGAGACCUCAAAAGGUUUGACGCUUGUCGAAGUUAUUUUCCUUCACCCGAAUGCCCCGAGCUGUUGUUGCCACAGGGAAUGGGAUUUCGUCAGUCGGCUCAGCCGUUUGAAAGUGUUUGUGUGAGCGCGCUCAGUGCAGCACCCCCUGGUGUCUCCAGCAGCAGGAAGAGGAAGCUUGUGUUGUGGAGCGGUCAGCCCACAAUCGUCUGAUCUUAUCGCACUCCGGGCUCCCUGUCUAUCCAUACGCCGGGGGCAGUUCGCACAGAUUAGGCACAGUGAUCUGAGGCAGCAAGGAUUUGGCGUCGGCCUACGCUCAUCGAAGAGGGUCGUAAGAAGACCCGAUGCUCUACUGUGAAGGCUCACUAUGGCCCCAUGGGAUUUGUAGUCCUCUAAGCCCAGGCAGGUGCUAGUGGUCUGGUCUCAGCUGGAGGGGAAAGCCGGUUUCUCAAUCAUGCACAGACCCUCUUCGAAGUUUAAGACUCGAUGAGAAUUCCCUGUGUCGUGAGUGAGUGAUGCUCUACCUGCCAAUAACAAUGCAGUGAAAUGGUUGUUGGGAGCGAGUUUGGUCACAAAGUACUGGUUCAUCUCUCUGAUACACGCCCUUGCGGUGUCUUCAAAUGCUGGAUUUGUGAGCUGGGAGAAGAUGGGAGAUGUAGGUGUUGGGUUCUGUAAUAAGCUAAAUUCACUCUUAAUCAAAAACUUGAAAGUUCUAAGCGAGGCGCAAGGUAUGUGGGCGGCACCUGACCGUGAUUCCCUUUUAAGUUCCGUUUGGUUCAUUUUCACAAGGUCUCGACCUUUAUAUGUGCUGGGCAGUUCCCUAUAAAAGUUUCUUAAUAAACUUGAACGAAUGAUCUUGGCCACUGUGUACUGUCUCUCUGCUUUUAAGCGAAUUAUGGUUCGAUCCCUGUGGAAUGUGCAGUUCUGCGACUUCCCCUAGUCUCUUGUUAUUUAUUAAUAUAGAUGGAGUAUAUGGGGUGUGAAAGCACAAAAGUUCGUCGUUUGAAGCUUUGUGAGAUGCAAGGUUAAAGGCUGCACCAAGUGGAUAAAAGUAAGAACUUGAUUUUGGCUGUGACAUUUUUUUUUGUCUUGUUUAUUUUUUUUGCUUGCUUGGCUGAGAAAGCAUACACUGGGAGACUUGAGAAAUCGGUCUUGUCGACAUGGGCAACAUGUGCUGUGUUGAGCACAGUGAUUGUACUUUGUUUUCUGAAAUGUAAUCCAUUAACUUGGCUUCUUUUGUCUCCCCUUGAUUUCCUGUGAAUCACUCUUUAGUUGAGAAACCUGUGAUCAGUCCCCAUAUUGGAAGCAGUGCUGCCCCCUGUUGUUCAGGAGGAACUGUGGCGGGAGAUUGCUGAAGACACCCUCCCUCGAUUUGUAAAUUGUACAAACACCAAUGCAUAAUGUUUGCGUGGUGAAUAAUUUUACCCUGUAAAAAUCAAGCCUACAAUGUAACAAAAUUAAACAAAAAUAGACCACUAUUGGGCAGGAAUGUGAUAUAUGGAAUAUUUUAUCAAUUUUAGAAAAAAUAAUGUAUGAAUUAUGUAUGUAUGUUUAGUUUGCAAACUCAGGUUCUG